CGGUAAUGAGAUGUCUGGAUACAAACAAGAAGAAGAGAUGCAUGUUCUGGUUGUCGUCGCCGCAAUGUUUUUCUUUUUUGUAACUUGAGUCCAAACAUUUACUGAAAUAGCAUUGCGACACAUGUGUAGACGUUGUUUAAAAAUAAUUUUCUGUACACGGAGCGGAACCGUACAGCUAACGAAGCGUUUCCACACGGACUGCAGCAGCGUGAGCACUAGUGUGCAACAUGUAAACAGACGCGGGGGAAAAAAGUGUACUUUUUUUCAAUUGUAAUUUGUCUUUGGUUAUAUGAGCAGGUUAUGUGAGUUUAGUUUUUAUCCAUAAUCCCGAAGAAGGCGAUAAUUCAACGCCUCUAAAAAACAACGAAGAAGAAGAAUAGAAGAAAAUAAGCUAGAGGACGAAGAAGGAAAAUAUAAGUGUGCUCUUUAUACAUCCUCGGUGCAGUCUCAGUCAUCAUGACGGACAUAUUAACGGGUGUUUUUAGGACUUUUACGUCAAAAACAGACGUUAAAAAGGAUCUCACGGUGGUUCCUGCUUCAGCCUGUAGUGCUCUGUUGCUAGGAGACAGCUCCAUCAGCCGCUCGGUCCUGCUGCUGUCUGCGGUGACGGCUGCCUCGGAGCUUGGGGUGAGGGUGGUGUUCUUCGCCCAGACUCAGAUCCAGAGCCUCCCGGUGUCUCUGAAGAAGUGUGUCCCCAGCCUGAGCCCCGAGAGUCUGAAGAAAAUCAAGUUUUCCUAUCCCAGGACGUUGGAGGAGCUUCUGCAGCAGGUGGCCAGCCUCCACGAGUCCCAAAACACGUCUCCCACCCCUCCCUCACUGAUCAUCGUGGACAGGCUGGAGGGAUACCUGGGGGGAACCCACAGUGGAGAUAAGAGCAGCGCUGCACACCUGUCAGCGCUGCUCUGCGACUCUGCUGCCUUCCUCACACAAAUCCUGAAAGAGCGUUCCCCGAGCUCCGCCCCCUGCCGCCUCAUCGCCUCUUAUCGGUCAGAAGUGGACUCUGAUUACGCCGGCGGUGAGUCCUCCGCCACGGAUCACAUCCUGGAUGUGCUUGAUCGAUAUUUCCAGAUGCGCUGCACUCUGGAUCGGGACAGGAGCUAUGAGGCCGCAGCAGCCGGACUGCAGGAGCUGUGGCAUGUUUACCUUUCUGCCUCCAGCAUCACUGAGGACUGUACCACAGACAGUGAGACGAGGCCAGCUGUAGCCAAAGAGUGGCAGCUGUUAAUCUCCGCUGAUGGUUCAAUGGAGUUUAAGAUGGCCUGAAAAUAUCUGUAUCAAACACUGUUGCAUUGUGGGAGAUGUCAAAGAUGUUUGUUCUGUGAAAAUGUUCAUUAUUUCUGGUCCUACAUUGUGUUGUACCAUAGUAUAAAGCCUUAGUCACUAUACAAUCUAUAUUAUAUUACAUUUAUUGCACAGAAAUACUUACACUUUUUAUGUUUAUAUCAUUAUUUCCUUAUAUUUUUGUAAUUAAAUAUAUAUUUUUUCAUACUAAAAUGGAGAAACUGUCAUGAAACCCAAUUUCUACCAAAAUAAAUAGAGUAUUCUGGUCACUAAAUUCACGUUCUGUGUGGGUUUUGUUUCCUUGUUGUGUCAAACAACCCUCUAACUGUUGUAUUCAAAAGAAGAAAGAAGUCAACAAUGAUUAUAUAUGUUUUUAUAUUCUUUUAAAGGAGCAUUUAUU